AUGAACUUUAUCAGUUUCAGUAAACCAGGAUUGCAAGACCCCGGUGACAAUGCUCCCACAACUGGUAGCACCUCUAUGAGGUCUGCUGGGAUGUCUGCAAUGGACAAUAACUCCUACAGUGAUGUCAGCGAUGACCUUGAUGAUGUCAACCAAAAUGACGAUUACAAGAAACAAUACAAAAUGGAUGUGGAUACCGACAACAGCUUGACAUCCCAAUACGGUAUAGGGGCCUCACUCUUGAUCUCCAUGGGAUAUACACCCGGGACAGGCUUGGGAGCCAACCAAGAAGGUAUUGUGGAUCCUAUCAAAACCAAACUCCGACCUCAAGGAAUAGGUGUGGGAGGAAUCUCCGAAAAAGUCACAGAAGAUACCAAACAACAGGAGAUUAAACCUAAAGCAUCACAUAACUCAGAUCUCAUUGCGCUCUACGGCUUGCUCGAGGAGUUAGCCUUGAAGGAUGUCAAUGUCCCUCGAGAUAUCAAAACGAGAGACGCUCGCUUGAAAGAGUUGGUGCAGAAACUCACACAGAUCAACGAAUCUCUCGAUGGCAUGAUCCGGCAGGAGAAGUAUCUACUAUACCAGAACCACGAGCUCCAGCGAACUAUCGAGGAUACAGACAAACAAAUUGGUGAACUUCAACAAAUAAAAGAAGCAUUGGAGCGAAAAGACAUAGACCUGCUAAUAACCAUCAAGCAUCCACGUGCAAAGCACUCAUUUGUGAACUUCUACGCCAAAGACAUGAAGAGUUACAUAAGCGAAGGUAACCUAGGCCAAAUGGCCCAUCUUUCCCAGAAAUAUAGACAAAUUGAACACUUCAACGAGACGGUUCUCAAUCCAUUUGACUCGUUAAUCUACACACAACUCAGAACAGAGAUCCGAGCUUCUCACAACCACGAUGAAAUCGUGCAUAUCCUAGGUGUCUGGCAGGAUAGUUUAAUCCUCACCAGUCCCAUAACCUUAACUAAGCUCAUAAAUGAAGAGGUUGUUCCUCGACUCAUGGAAGAUAUCACCAACUGGAACCCGACCCACCAGCUGCCAGUGUUCCUCAUACACUAUCUCCGGCUCUCAGAGUCAUCGGAAGCGUUUGUGCCACUUAUAGAAAAAGUUUAUACCAAGUUCUUGAAGUAUUUCGAUGCUCCAACCCUUUUGAUGGCAGAAGAGUUGCAAACCAUUACUGGCUUUUGGUUUGAAUUGUUCAAACAGUACCUUGGAGUUGUGUCUGUGGAUCGGCUUCGUGACCACAUCUUUGCAGUUCUUUUGGGUUCUGUGGUAGAUGAUGAAAAUUCAGCAGAACUUGUGUUCAUGAUCGUAAGCUCGCUGUUGCUAACCAAUAUCCACAAAGAAUUGUACCUCCAGUUCAAGUACUUCAAUCCGUGGCUCAAGCGGUUCUCAGAAUUAAAGCAGCACCAUCUCCAGAAAUUUCUUGUGGAGUUUAAAAAGUGGUACCAACUAAUCAAAGGGUUCAUCACCAAGUACCAGAUAACUGGUGAACCUCUCGAUAUCAUCAGCUGGAACCUUAACAAGCUCUUCAGUGAUAACCCCCUCGAGAAGCUACCCUCCUUAGAAAACCAGUUCUUUCCUUCUAAUACGUUAAUUCUAAACUAUAUCGGGGGCAGCAAUGGCUUUAGUGUGCAAGGAAUCCCGUCGUCGCAGCUUCUGGCAUCCUUCAAAGACGUGGUGGAAAGCUACUGUUUAGCCCAAAACAUCUCAUUUAAGGUAAUGGGACAAGAUCCAAGCAGGGGGACCAUCUACGAAUUCUCCCGCUCCAGAAGGGCUACUGGAUACCUCAAGGAGGAUGUGUUAUACGUGAAACCAUCAAUGGGUGCAAAUUAUUCUGCAGUGGACGUUUCCGCGCUAUCAUCACUAGUUUGA